AUGCUAGGAAUGAUGCUUUUGCUCGGCCUCUUGGCCAGGCUCUUCUUUAGAUUUGUGAUAUGGGCCAUUUUCGUAUAUCUACGAGAUCCUAAAGGCCUAAGGAAAUACCCUCUAAUGCAUCCAUUGUCUGGCAUCUCCGACAUUCCUUUCAUGCUGGAAUCGAUGCGUGGAUUCCGCUCUGCUACACUCCUGCAGCUGCACUACGGACAAGGCCAUCCAGUCAUUCGUUUAGGGCCGAACGCUCUGUCUUUUGCGGGAGGACAAGCUAUCCCGGCUAUCUACGGACAUAACACACCAGCUACCAAGGAUCGGCAAUAUUUGAAUGCGGCGGGAUCCCACUUCCACUUGGCCGACGUCGUCGAUAAAAAGGAACACGCGCGAAAGCGAAAAGUGCUCGCCUCUGCGUUUGCCGCUAAGCACCUAGAAGACUGGGAGUACAAAGUGGCAGACAAGGUGCAGCGUCUAAUGCAACGGUUCGACCAGCACUUGGCACAAAUGCCAGACGACCCAUUGGAUUACCGAUCCUGGACCAACCUGUUCACGAUCGAUAGUCUCUGCGACACAUUGAUCGUGGCACCGACAUGGGGGAUCUUGUCUGGUCAUAUGAAUGGUAUCAUGUGGUCUCUUGGCUACUGCAGCGUUGAUAUAUUUGCCGCUCUUAUGGAAGAUCCCGCGGGAAACCCACAAGAUCUGGAGUGGGGUGAGGUGCUGGCAGAGAUAUCCCUCGCCAUCAGUGGCUCGUCCUCCACGUCCAAUUCUAUUGCGAGCACCAUGCAGUUGCUGAUCGAGCAUCCGGAAAAGAUGCGCAAAUUACAAGAGGAAGUAGACUCAGUCAUGGCGACACAGCUGGAGGACAGCCCGGAUGGGGACACGCCCACGGUGGCCUCUUACGAUCAGAUCAAGUCUUUGCCAUAUCUAAGAGCGGUCAUUGAUGAGAGUCUCCGGUUGUAUCCACCAAUCUCCCAUGGCCUCCCCCGAGAGACGCCAAAAGAGGGCAUGAUGAUCAUGGAUCAGUGGGUGCCUGGAAACACUACUGUUUCAGUGUCCGCGUAUGUUGCUCAUCGAGAUCCUGCCGUUUUUGAUCAACCGGAGUCUUUUGUACCCGAAAGAUGGCUAGGAGAGCAAGGGCGGGCCCUGCAAACCCGUUUUAUCGCCUUCUCAGCUGGCGCACGAGGCUGUAUUGGGCGCCCGAUCUCUUACCUACAAGCCAGCAUCCUCCUAGCUAACCUGGUGCAUCAAUAUGACUUUGAGAUGUGGGAUCCAAAGUGGAAGCCCAGCAGGCGGGAAACAAUGAAUCUGAUCAUGGGUCCCAUGCCGGUGAGGAUCCAGAAACGCAGCACAUAG